GAGAGAGAGAGAGAGAGAGAGCGUGUAACCAGUGACUUAGGACAGUUAUUGUCCUGGAGGACCGACAACAGCAGGAAUUCACCAGUUUACGAUUUAGAAUUUGUAAUUCAGAAAUUUCAUGUUUUCAAUUUGGCAAGGAUACGAGACCCAGCGUCGAUUGUUUGGUUAAACUAUUUCAUGGAUUCGCAUUGAAGAGCUUUCUUUGUGCAGUGCAUCAAAAGUGUAGGAUGCCCCUGAGCCAAACGUUUGGGAAUCUGAGACUCUAAAGUUGAACUUCAGUGGAAACCUCACACCAGGGUGGGACAUUUCUGUGCCUGACAAACAAGUGUGUCUCGGGCUGGUACCAAUCAAGAUAAGGAUUCUUCCCUUCCAGAAGCCCCCUGAUCUUGUCCCCCGAAAGCAGUGGGAAAAGCGGACUCAUUUAUGAUGACUUGCAGGCUGCCUGGCUUCAAGAGGGUCCAAAAACAAAGAAGAUGAAUCCACUGAAUUUCUAAGAACCAAUAUGGAUUUUUUCAUUUGAGCGAAAUUCUUGGUGGCGAAUGGAGAAAAGUUUGCAGAGCCUGUCUUAAGCUAACUUAUGAUUGAAAGCACACAUCCCGCACUGCCCAUUAGACUGGAUAUAUCAGUACAGUUUGCUGACCGACUGGUUCCUGAGAAAUCCAAUGAAAAGGGUGACGUAAUGGAAUACCAAAAGAGUUCCACUGUCGAAAGCAAGAUGAACAGGGCUGAUGUAGAUCCAAACAAAGUCCUCUUUCAUGCUUGCAACAUAUGUGGCAAAAGUUUUCCUUUUCAGAGCUCCCUGUCGCAGCACAUGAGAAAGCAUACCGGAGAGAAACCCUACAAAUGUCCGUAUUGUGAUCACAGAGCGUCGCAAAAGGGGAACUUAAAAAUUCACAUCCGCACCCACAAGAUGGGUACUCUUAGCCAUGGUCAUGAAGAAGAUGAUGAAGAAACUGGCGAGAACCAGCUUGGGGAGACGGGAGUGUCGGAAGGUUUGGAUGGAUGCACCAGUCCAACGAAAAGUACUUCUGCCUGUAAUAAAAUUCUGAACAGGAUAGCCAAGGAUGAGAACAGCAAGAUUCUCCUGCGGAGCAUCAAGAAAGACAAAAAUGGAGGUAACACGGAUAGUACCGAGGCGCUUAUAUUUCAGUGUUCAUUUUGCAAGAGGAAACUAAGCAGCAAGCAGGAUUUAGAACAGCACCUUCAGGUGCUACACAAGCCGUACCGCUGUCGUCUGUGCAGCUUUGAAGUGCUAAGGGAGGAUCAGCUACUAAGCCAUAUUGAAAAGGUCCACAUCACCGUUGAAGCUCCCGUCCGGGAGGUGGCUUUGAACGAACCAAUCAAAAGUGAGCAGGGUGCUGGAGAAGGGGACUUUCCUUGUGAAGUGUGUGGCCAGGCAUUCAGUCAGGCCUGGUUCUUGAAGGCCCAUAUGAAGAAGCACGGGGGCACUUUUGAUCACGGUUGUCAUAUUUGUGGCCGGCGUUUUAAGGAGCCCUGGUUUCUCAAGAACCACAUGAAGUCCCACGGCCCCAAGACUAGCGGUAAAAAUAAGCUGAAGAGUGAAUCUGACGCUGUUGUUACAAUUAACGAUGUGGUUCAGGAGGAGACGUCGGUUCUACGGGGUCUGUGUCUGUACGAAGUCUGCUCCAAAUGUGGGAACAUCUUCCAUAGCAAAGAGAGCUUGAGGGAACAUGACAAAGUCCACAUCCAAGCUGCUGAAAUGCACCUACAGAAUGGUGAGGCCGACAAUAAUUCAGAACUUAGAGAUGAUAAGGAUACUUUUGUAGAGUGCCUAAAUCUAAGACCAACGGGAACUUUAGAAAACAUACCCGGGGGAAAUCUUGGAAAGAGGGUUGCUGAACUUGAUCCUGUAUGUAGCUAUCAAGCCUGGCAACUUGUCACCAAGGGAAGAGUGGCAGAAAUUUCAGACUAUGCAAAGUUUAUAGGAUGGGAUGAACUACCUACGAAUGCAGAUGACAUGUUUGACAGGGAGAAGGGGGAAUAUAAUAUUGCAGUUCAAGAGAAAAGGAAACGAGACCUGGACUCCCACAGCACGGGUAGCUGUAAGCGGCGAAAUAGUACCAACAACAAUAGCAACGGCAGCAGCAAUGGAAGUCAUCCGAAUUCCCGAAUUGAAAAAUAUGGGAAUCCAUCCCCGGGGGAUUUCAGUCCAGAGAGUUAUAGUGAUUUUGACUACAGGCCUUCAUCUCGUCGGAGCAGAGGGCAACCCCAAAACAAAAAGGCGGAAUGCUUUGAAUGUGGAAAAGUGUUUCGUACCUACCAUCAAAUGAUCCUGCACUCUCGAGUACAUCGGAAGGAGACGAGAAGCAGCAGUGAAAGCGUCCCGGCUUCCCGCGGGGAGCAGUGUGGUUCUGCUAGUGAGGGCGAGUCAGGCUCCGCUAGUCGACCAAGCACUCCAGAAUCGGGUUCUGUUGCUGAUGAUUCACCUGUCUCGACCAUGGGCGAAGAUGGGGUAGAAGACGGUUCUGAGGACGGAGGACCACUGUUACAUCCAGAUGAAAAGCCAUACUCCUGCAGCCAUUGUAGUCACGUGACUAAUGAAGCGUCACUGUUAAUAAUGCACAUGGAAGACCAUCACGGAGGAAGAGGCGACGUCGCCAGCCAGCCCUGUAGUGCCAACAGCAGAAGUAAUACACCCUUAGCCAUACCUGCAGCAGGCUCCCAGAACCCGCUGAAAGGAAGCAGUGUUAAAGGGUACAAAGAGGAGGACACGGAAGAGGACAGCUUUGUGAAACGAGAACAAGCUCCCUCACAAGAGAGAUGCCAUUUUUCAGGCUCCCCGAAAUGCUCCGAAGAAAAGCUCCCAUCCCCGUCGGAACCCAGUGCACUUAAUAAUAUUGUUGACCUCAGAACUUUGGAACUGCGGGCAGAUGUUAAAGUCAAAGAGGAAAUUGAUAUGGAAAGCAUGCAAGGAGUAAACAAAACAUUAACGAGUGCCACCAUUCCAUUAAAUCUGACUGCAAAUGGUUGCACGCGGAAGGAUUUACCUACCUCAUCCCAGCAGAAUGAUUUGACCGUACACCAGUGUCCAUGCUGCUCUCACACCACCCGUUAUCCCGAAGUUCUGUGGAUGCACCAAAGAAUUUCUCACAAAGUUUCCAAAUCUGUGGCUCCCAAGUGGGUUCCGAAGAAUGGAUUCAAAGGUCCGAAGGAAGAACUGGCUUACUCAAGCCAAAGACGGCGCACCGGGCCUCCACCUGUCUUAGAGGGUAAAGACUGUCAUCCCCUUGUAGUUCCUAAAAUAUCCCGAACCCAGGCGCCACAACAGACUAGCUUACAGAACCCAAAAACGAGUAUCGCAGCUUCAGCCCCCCACUUACCCACUGCGUCCCAAGCAAAAGAGACCGGCGCAACUCUCCGAGGGAGCCCAUCGGUCUCUGGCCAAAAUACCAUCAUGCAACACAAACCUUGCAUCAACAAGAAUCCGUAUGUUGGGGAACAGCCACAGAAGAGGCCAAAGUUGGAGAUGUACCCCAAAGUUGCCCCAAGUAGCGCCUUUGAGAAGAACGUCACAACGUCUCAGCGGCCAUUUGCUACGACCUCAACCGGAGGCAGGGCCAUGGAGAAAGCUGGGUUUCCGCAAGAAGGUCUGAGAUUUGCACUUUCUGUUAAGCAUGGCGUGACGGAGCCCACAAAAGUCAAAAUGAACACUGUGCCCGGGCUGCAAAACAGACAGGAGGCAUCCCCAAAGUCCAUUCAGACAAAGACUCUGAAAGAGCCAAAUCUGACCCGGAGCUACGGUUUCGGUGGGCGCCUUUCACAAAGCACACAGAUGCGUUCUGGCCCUGCGUCGGGGACCCUCGGCUUGCCGGCACACACCAAACAAGAACCUUUUUCUGAAGGACCUAAAUCCCAUGGGGACAUUUUGACUUUCCUUAAGACUUGUCAUUCGCAAGAUUUGGCUAGCCUAUACCAUCACUGGGGUUCCGGUAGUCCCAUGCUUGACCAGACAGCGAUGCUGAGGUCACAAGUACGACAAGGAGAGUAUAUCUGCAAAGAAUGUGGGAAAAGCUUCAGUCAGCCUAGCCAUCUCAGGACCCACGUCAGAUCCCACACAGGUAGGAACUCUUACAUUUCACAUGAUAAACGUGAUGGCCUGUUUUACGCCUUGUUCUUCGUCUUUCCACCGCUUUCCAGCAAUGUAUUUCCUAAGCCCACUUGGCAAUACCAGGCACAAGCCAACGAUGACGGGACAACAUUUCUUCUUCGGAUGAGGCGUUAA